AUGCUGAAGGCCAUGGCUGAAACUCCGCUGCUUCUGGUCCAGGGUAUUCCUGAGCAACUGCAUGUGCCUGACCUUCGAGCAUUCUUCAAGCCGGCCGUGGAGAAAGAGCUCUUCUCAUGUUUCCACUUCCGUCGAGGACGAGGCACCGCUGCUCGUGGCUUGACGUGCUUGGCACGUGCGGCCAGCCAGGAUGCAGCAGUGAAGGUCAUUUCUGGCUACCAUGGCGUGCCGUGGAAGGAGGUCUUGGUGGAUGCAGCGGUUCCUCGUGCUGCUCGGUGCCUCAUCUCCUGGGCUCCAUCAGAAACCAAGCGCACCGAUGUUUGGGAGCUGAAUCCGCCACCAGCCCUGCCCAAGGGAAACGUGGGCACAAGCCGGUCGGCCAUUCUGUCCGCGAUACGUCGCUGCACACUGCCCCCUUCAGUCGUGAAGAGGCUCGGGAUUGCUCCGGCAUGCCGCUUGCGAAGCACUCGCGACUUUGCAGCGAUCCCUCCCCCGCUUGCCUGGAGGGCAGGGCAGGAAGGUGCAGUGCCUGGUGCAAGGCGAGCACUGGCAGCUUCACCUCCACAUGAGGCCCGCGGUGCCGAUUCACAAAAUCCCGUCACCGCCAUGUUCGCGGCGCUCAGAGGGCGCAAAAGGCCCAAGGCACAGUGCCAAGCAAAAGCAGAAGCCAAAGAAGCCGAGGCGCAGAAGGAGCAGCCAGGGAAGCGCUCAAGGUCUGGAGCGCAAUCCCCGAAGCUUCGCCGGCAGAUGAUGUGUGCGCACGAAGAAGGCGGCAGCUCUGACUCUGAGCAUAAUGAAGGACGUCACCUCCCACUGCCCUUGGAUGACGACGAUCUGCCUAUGCCGAUCGAAAAGGCGCCCCACUACGAGCGGAACGACCGCCUGGACUCUGCAGCUGGGUACCUUUACGAGGACACCGUCGAGCACAUCUGGGAUAAGCAGGACGCGUCGGGUUUGGUGUGGUACACGGAUGCCGCUUACUGGGAUAGGCUGGCUGGGGAUCUGGAUGAGCGAUGUGCAGAUGCCUGGGAUGUGGACAGCGAGUCCCGUGAAGUGUCGAGCGACGAGGACAUGCCGCCUGAAGCACCGGCAAUGGAGCAGGGCGUGGGCCUGUUGGCAGUGCAGCAUGGUGUGGCAGGCAAGAUCAUGCGCUCGUGGGGGGCCGACCCUUCCGUGAAAAGGCCCAGCAGCACGCUACUGGCGGUUGUCGAAGGUCUUCAGCCCAACCUUUCGCGCACUGGCCUAGGCUGGGCAGGGGAGUCUCGCAGAAAGACCUCUGCUCCUAGAAGUUCCAGCGACGACUGGCUGCAUAUCGGCUCCAAAUACGAUAGCCAUCACGAGGACAUGAAGCGACGCGAGAGCUCAUGUGCAAAGCCCUUGCCUGGAUCCUUCUCGGCAUCGGCUCUUGCCGAAGAUCGCCGCUUGCGCGUCCACUUUGUGCCUGCCCAGCACGUCGAAAAAAGAGCAAGGAAAGGGAAUGCGCGCCGGAAUGAGGGAAUGAGCCGGACUGAGCCGGAUUGA